AUGGCUACCUUAGAAUCACGCAUGCCUCUUGUACACCCAUUCAAGCUUUUGCUAUGCCUCGUCUUGUCACUUCACGCCCUUGCGUUUGAAGGACUGCUCCAAGCGGCAGGCGAAGUCCGAAAAGACAGAGCCGCAAUACCUCUCCGCUUUGCCGUUCCAGACUGGAAUGUCUAUCACCGCACAAACGACCUUUACUCCCGCCUAAGCACCGUCGUCGAAUCAUGCAAGUCCGCCUCUCAUCUCAUUGUCCGCGCCCCCUCACUAACUGAAUCAGCUCAACACUUCAGAGUCGACCAACGUACCUCUGUCACCGAUGAUGCUGACUCUAUUCGCUACAUCACCAUAACUCACCGGGCAUCCCCGGCCGAGCUCGCCGGUCGCAUUAUAAGACGCCGCCGCAAGACUCGCAUUAUGUUUGUCUUCGGCGAGACUGGCCGCGAUUUUCUCACUUCAGAGAUUGCACUCCGCGUCGUCGAAGCUACGUGCGCAGCCAAUGCUUCGCGUGCCCUGCCGAGCGCUUUGUCCGACAUCGAACUAAUUCUCGUUCCCGUGGUCAACCCUAAUGGAAGGCGUAUCGCCGAGAUGGGCCGACGGUGCGAGCGCACGAAUGCAAAUGACGUCGACUUGGACCGCAACUGGCCUGUACACUGGAACGAAUCGGCUCGAGUCCGCGAAACAGAGCGACAAGAGACCCGACGCGUCGCAGCCUUACGUGACGCCGGACGCGUGCUGGGUGUUUCAAUGUCACAGCGCGCCUUGUCUCAUCAUGAUACUAGACGUCACGGCAAGGAACCCAGACCAGACUCGGAAUCGGAACAUUCCAACUAUGCGCCAUUCGCAAUAGGCACACAUCCAUUCUCUGAGGCCGAAACGCGUGCUCUCAAGGCUAUUGUUGAGAAGUUUCGGCCUGCCAGCUACGUUUCUUUACGCACUGGCGCAGUCGCUCUGACAACUCCUGGCGACUGUCAUCCAGAGGAAGUGCAAGACGCUGACCAGUCCCGUCUGCUUAAAGUAGUGGAGGGCAUCACCGCCAGUCAUUGCAGGAGCUGUAAGAGUGGGAGUUUGUGGAAUGCUUCAGGACAUACGAAAUGCGGCACGGCUGCAGAUUACAUGCACAGCCUGCAAAUCCCAUUCGUACACACAUGGCACGUCUACAACUCUCCGAAAGCCGUCCAAGGAGAUUGCUUUCGCAGGCAUAAUCCUGUCACCAAAGAAGCCUACGAACGUGUUGUGGAGAACUGGGCUCAGGCUGUUUUUAAUUUUUCAACCGCGGUGCAUAACUGGAUGACUUUGGAAAGCUCGGUAGGACUUGAUUCCGCUGAGCAAAACGCAUCUUUGUCUGCGGCGGAAGCAAUGGCCAGACGUGCCGACAGACUUGCUCGAGGAAUUCCCGAUCCAGAGAGCGCCGAAAACGAUGACCAUGUGGCGGGCGACAACUGGCUGCAUGCCGGGAAUCAAAUACCAAUUGAACAGAGAGGAAGGAACCUACGCUUAUUAAAUGGGAGACCUGGUCUGCUUUCAUGGUUAUUUGCAGAUAGAGAAACGGAGAAUGCAGCCGAUGCCAAUGCGGGGGCAGGUGCACCUUCUGGUCCCCGCAGCAAUCGCCGCCUAGGCCAGGAGGAGGAAGGCAUCGGAUCAGUGACUGGGUUGCUCGGUGCCUUUGCUGCUUUGUUACUUCUCUGGUGUGGUAUUUUAGGUGUUAGACGCUUCAUUUUCAACACGCACUCGAAACGGUCUCUCUUUCGGCCACGAAGACCUGAAAAGACUGCAUAAAGCGCCUCAUUGAACCGAGUCAGCAAUACUGUACUUGUAUUAAGUCCGCGUACAUUUUCACGUCACACCACGAGGAUAGACAGUAAUACUAGUAACAAGACACGUGGGAAUUCUGACCGGAAUCUGGUCCGGCACUCCGCAUUCCUUGGUCCGAACUAGCAGGUGGAGCUUCUGCCUCCUAAGCUCCGCGACGCAUACAAUCCAAUUGAUGUAACGAAGGGCAACACAAACGCCUGUCUAGCCGAAUCUCCGUCUUAGACGCAACAGACCAUGCCGAAGGUCGCCGAUUAUCGAAUCGUCUCGUUUUUUGGCAAAGUCCUGAAAUCGGAGACCUUAAUGUCGUCUAUUUCCUGGACAACUGAUAAUCAAUCAAUCGUAGCUCGGAGGGCUUUCAAAUGUCGCCUAGCCCCUCUCUGUAGGUCACGCAACUCUCGUCGGUCGGGUGCAUUAUCUAGAGGUCCUCUGCCCGCUGUUUUUCGACGUGGCGACUUCAUGAACCGAUUCUUAAUGAAUCGCAUGCCCUUCACCACCCUUUGGAACAACUCUUCCUUCCUCGGUCCCGAAAUGUACAUCAGUGCACAGGAUGUGACAAAACACAAGAAGACGAGAAUGUGGAAGAAAGAAAACUCGAAAAGCUUGAAGCGCUUGCGCUUAGAUUCUGUAUGGGGUUCGCUGCCCGGCUUUGGUCCAGAAUCUCGGCUAUCAGAAGGGUUUUGAGCGCUCUCAGAAUCAUCCGACUCGAAAACGUCCGGAGCAGGAUUUGCCAGACACAUCUCUAACCACGAUGAAAUACUGCUGGUGAUAGCCUUGGGCCAGUCACAAUGAUCCGCACAUUUUGCCCACGUCGGCCGUCCGAUGAGCGAUUUCAACGAGAAUGUGCAUAUUCGAGAACAUUUGCCAGUGUAGUAGAACGAAUGACAACCGACACCCCUGAUCAGACUCUCAAAGCUCUUAAACAUUGUGGCGCACUGGCCAUCUUCGGAGCACUUGUCGUCCCACCAAGCAUGCGUGAGAACUGGUAAAAAUGCUAUUAUGAGAAGCGCUGAGACCUUGAAAACUCUUGGACGCCACAGUUGCUUUCUGUACAUUUCAAAGAAGCAUUCAACUCCAAAGUCAAAACUAGCCUUGCGCACCGCUACGAAUCAAGGUGCUCACAGUCUGCAGUCGACAUUCCCCAGAUCCUUUGUGAUGAAUAGCGUUCAUUCGGACAUUUGCUCAGCCAGAAAGAAAGACACAGUCUGGCUGUAUCAGAAAGACACAGUCUGGCUGUAUCAGCAAGACCACGCUGGCAUCGGUUCCUGAAAACUCACUCGUUUCAUAUGUAUGAAGGGAGAACAAGAUGGAAAUACUGUACCGUUCUCACUGGUUCAAUCCUAGACACUUUCCAGAAAUGCAAAAAUCAACGUUUUUA